AAUGAACCGAACGCUUACUGGUGAACGCUGCCGUCGCUCGGGCGGUGGCGGGCUCCGGGAUUGGCGGGUGCUAGGCGGGCGGUGUCAGGCUCUCGGUGUCGGCGGAGGCGGCGGAGGCCAGGGAGGAAGAUGUCGUAAUGAGCGAUCCACAGACGAGCAUGGCUGCCACUGCUGCUGUCAGUCCCAGUGACUACCUGCAGCCUGCUGCUGCCACCACCCAGGACUCCCAGCCAUCUCCCUUGGCCCUGCUUGCUGCAACAUGUAGCAAAAUUGGCCCACCAGCUGUUGAAGCUGCAGUGACACCUCCUGCUCCCCCCCAGCCCACUCCACGAAAACUAGUCCCUAUCAAACCUGCUCCUCUCCCUCUCAGUCCUGGCAAAAAUAGCUUUGGCAUCCUGUCCUCCAAAGGAAACAUACUUCAGAUUCAGGGCUCACAGCUGAGUGCCUCCUAUCCUGGAGGGCAGCUGGUGUUUGCUAUCCAGAACCCCACCAUGAUCAACAAAGGGACCCGAUCAAAUGCCAAUAUCCAGUACCAGGCGGUUCCUCAGAUUCAGGCAAGCAGUUCCCAGACCAUCCAGGUGCAGCCCAAUCUCACCAACCAGAUCCAGAUCAUCCCUGGCACCAACCAAGCCAUCAUCACCCCCUCACCGUCCAGCCACAAACCUGUCCCUAUCAAACCAGCCCCUGUCCAGAAGUCCAGUACAACCACCACCCCCGUGCAGAGCGGGGCCAACAUGGUGAAGCUGACAGGUGGGGGAAGCAACAUGACACUCACCCUGCCUGUCAACAACCUGGUGAAUGCCAGUGAUGCCGGGGCCCCUACUCAGCUCCUUGCUGAAAGCCCCUCUACCCCACUGUCUAAGACUAAUAAGAAAGCCAGAAAGAAGAGCCUUCCUGUCUCCCAGCCACCAGUGGCUGUAGCCGAGCAGGUGGAAACGGUGCUGAUUGAGACCACGGCUGACAACAUCAUCCAGGCAGGGAACAACCUGCUGAUUGUUCAGAGCCCUGGCGGGGGUCAGCCAGCUGUGGUCCAGCAGGUCCAGGUAGUACCCCCCAAGGCUGAGCAGCAGCAGGUGGUACAGAUACCCCAACAGGCAUUGCGGGUGGUACAGGCUGCAUCUGCCACCCUCCCUACCGUGCCCCAGAAGCCUUCUCAGAACUUUCAGAUACAGACGGCUGAGUCAACGCCUACUCAGGUUUACAUCCGCACACCUUCUGGUGAAGUGCAGACUGUCCUUGUUCAGGACAGCCCCCCAGCCACAGCUGCAACCACCUCAACCACCACCUGUAGCAGCCCUGCACCCCGCGCUGCCCAUCUGAGUGGGACCAGCAAAAAGCACUCAGCUGCAAUUCUCCGAAAAGAGCGUCCCCUGCCAAAGAUUGCACCCGCGGGGAGCAUCAUCAGCCUGAAUGCGGCACAGCUGGCAGCAGCUGCCCAGGCCAUGCAGACCAUCAACAUCAAUGGUGUUCAGGUCCAGGGUGUGCCUGUCACCAUCACCAACACUGGCGGGCAGCAGCAGUUGACAGUGCAGAAUGUUUCUGGAAACAACCUGACCAUCAGUGGGCUGAGUCCCACCCAGAUCCAGCUGCAGAUGGAGCAGGCCCUGGCCGGAGAGGCCCAGCCGGGGGAGAAACGACGCCGCAUGGCCUGCACGUGUCCCAAUUGCAAGGACGGGGAGAAGAGGUCUGGAGAGCAGGGCAAGAAGAAGCAUGUAUGCCACAUCCCUGAUUGUGGCAAGACCUUCCGGAAGACAUCCUUACUGCGGGCCCAUGUGCGCCUGCACACUGGUGAGCGGCCCUUCGUCUGCAACUGGUUCUUCUGUGGGAAGAGGUUCACAAGAAGUGACGAGCUCCAGAGGCAUGCUCGCACCCACACAGGUGACAAACGCUUUGAAUGCGCCCAGUGUCAGAAGCGCUUCAUGAGGAGUGACCACCUCACCAAGCAUUACAAGACCCACCUGGUCACGAAGAACUUGUAAGGCCAACUGAGGUGGGAGGCCCUGAAGGUGCAAUCCCCGAUCUGUGUGGCCGGGGCCCCUGGCAGACAGGUGCCCAUGGUUGCCCUGGGCCUGCCUUCAUACCAGUCUCCUCUGCGGCUAUGUCCCCACAGGAAGGGGCUCUGCUCCCUGUGCUUUCCUUCUUCUGAAGCCCCUCAGCUCUGCCCUGGCCCUUCCCUUCUCACCACAAGCUCCUGGCUUGCCCAGACCAUGGACACUGGCCAUGCCCAAUGAGACGUUCUAAACCAGGACGCGUGGGAACCCUUAUUUCCAAAGGAAAAACAUGCAUUUCACUCCGUCGAGGAGCAAAGUGAGCCCCGCCCUGCCCCACUCUCUGCCCCAACACUCCCAGCACUGCCGGAGUCCCAUCGUGCCAUGCACCCCUCCUGGGGCCCUGCACCCAGUCUCCCACUGGCACCCUCUUCUGCAGAGGUUCAGGAGGCCGUCUCCACUCCACUGCCCAGCCCCACCACGGCUCUCCUCCAGACAUUCCAACUUCCUAUUUCAAAGGUCAGAUGCCCACGGACUCCUCCCUGCUCCCCUUUUUCUAUGGAGAACGUUGCCUUAUACUCUCUACUUCAGAUGAUGAACACUGUGUAUGUGUGCGCUUUAAAGAAGUUUUAUUUAAUUGCUCCCUUCUUCCUUUCCUUGGUAGUCACCUCCCCAUGCCUGCUUUCAGUUUAGGGUUUGGGGGGCAAUGAUGAGCAUAUGAAUAUUUUUCCCCCACACUCUAGCAAUUCUCUUUUCUAAGUGACACAGCAUUUCAACUCAGAUCUAGCUUCAUCUCCCAUCCUGACCCUCUUCCUCCCCACUCAUCUUGCUGCCCCAACUGCCCAAGCUCUGUGUACAGUGUAUAUUGUAUAAUAGACUAUUGUGUCUACGACAAGUUUUAAAAAACAUAUUGCUUGUUAUUUUUGAGGCUUUUAAAUUAAAAAUCCAACUUUAUUUUUAGUUGUAACUGCUUGAGGUAUGUUUUAUGAAUUAAGUGACAGAUUUGUUAUCCUUUAUUAACAAUGUACUUUGUUGGUCAGUGCUGGGCUGACAAAAAUUUUUCUUUCUUGCUAAUAAAUUUAGUUGCCUGAGGCAAUGUCU